AUGAAGGUGAACAUUGGCGAUGGCAAUCGGGAGGGCUGGCUUGAAACCGAAGAUGCGGCUGGUAAGAUUUCGGUUCUUGAAGAAAUCACCGGGCCCAUUCAAGCCGAAGCCAAUGGUACCGAACCGGAAUACAUCAAUUACGUCCCCCAGUUCCAGAUCAGAACACACCAUCUGACUUCAGAGAUGCUGCCGAUUACUAUCUUGCUCCACGAGCGCAACUGA